UCUGGGUCCUUUGGAAAACACUGAGGGCAGUGCCAGCACUCCCCGGGGGGCAGCACUUCUUCCAUAGCAGCAGGGAUUUUUCAGAAGCUUUGGGGACAUCACUGUCUCCCUUCAAGGGCAAACCGUCUCCUUUCCCUUGGCUUUUUAGACUCAGCAGAUUCCCAGCGGCAUCUUCAACAACACGCAAGUCAUCAUUGGGGGCCAGUCCCAAGUUGUGACCAUCAACAGGCAAUGGCGUGUGGCAGUCAUUGAGCAAAGGAGCUACAGCGGGUCCUGGAAAACCGUCUGGAACUACAACACGGGUGUCAUUGCAACCAAAGUCAGGCAACAGAACACCUGCUACAUUUCCAUCAUGAACAGAAGCGAGAUGCCCCGCUUUGAUGACCUGGCCCGCCUGGCACAAGAGAGCAGGGUAAGGUUCCAAAGCAGUGGCAGGUUCCUGGCCAUAGACAUCACUGGGCCAUUUCUUCAUGUGCUUUUUCUUUCUGGACACCAUCAGGUUGUGUCUUGUGGCAGAGUUUCCUGUCUCUCAACAGUAAUGCAGAUUAGGAAUUUGUUGUAGGAAUGCUUUCCCAAAAGAAAGGGGCUGCAUUAUUCCCACCCCCACUUGCCUGGAGGAUGUUGAGCUCUGCAGCUCGCUGGGCAAAUCCGUUCUUUGUGGAGCUCUUCAGUGCUUUCUUUGCGCUGCCAUCUCACCUCAAGUUCCGUGCAUCUUGACUCCCUUAGAAUGAGCUCUGCCUUUGGAGCUCCUGUCAAGGCUUGCUAGUGGUCCCACAGGCCCCCUAGGGGAUUAAAAGAUGUCCCUAAAGGCAGCUGGGACUCAAACACCCAGCCCUGAGUCAUCAUUGCAGAGGAACAGGCCUAGCAGGAAUCACCUCUCUGCACUCAGCUUGCUGAAUGUUGGUUUUCAAUGUUCAGAACCUGAUUGGCGUUUUUGGAAGACCUACCAAGAAGAUCACCUUUGUCACCAAUGGAUUGGUCAACAACCUCAACUCCUAUGGAAUAGAAAUCGCGGCUAUGUGCAGCGGACUCACCACCUACAUGGCUUACGAAGUUCACACUUUCCAAGGACCCCAGGUGAAUCUGGAAUCAUGCAUUACCCUCGAUGUCCUGAGAGUUGUGGACCUGAAGUACUGCAUUGGCAAUGGCAGUACUCAGCAGAUUCCCAGCGGCAUCUUCAACAACACGCAAGUCAUCAUUGGGGGCCAGUCCCAAAUUGUGACCAUCAACAGGCAAUGGCGUGUGGCAAUCAUUGAGAGAAGGAACGUCACCGGGUCCUGGAAAACCAUUUGGAACUACAACACGGGUGUCAUUGCAACCAAAGUCACGCAACAAAACACCUGCUACAUUUCCAUCAUGAACAGAAGCGAGAUGCCCCGCUUUGAUAAUCUGGCUCACCUGGCACAAGAGAGCAGGAACCUGAUUGGCGUUUUUGGAAGACCUACCAAGAAGAUCACCUUUGUCACCAAUGGACUGGUCAACAACCUCUACUCCUACGGAAUAAACAUCGCGGCUAUGUGCAGUGGACUCACCACCUACCUGGCUUCCGAAGUUCACACUUUCCAAGGAUCCCAGGGGAAUCUGGGAUCCUGCAUUACCCUCGAUGUCCUGAGAGUUGUAGAGCUGCAGUACUGCAAUAGCAAUGGCAAUUCUCAGCAGAUUCCCAGCGGCAUCUUCAACAACACGCAAGUCAUCAUUGGGGGCCAGUCCCAAGUUGUGACCGUCAACAGGCAAUGGCGUGUGGCAGUCAUUGAGCAAAGGAGCUACAGCGGGUCCUGGAAAACCGUCUGGAACUACAACACGGGUGUCAUUGCAACCAAAGUCAGGCAACAGAACACCUGCUACAUUUCCAUCAUGAACAGAAGCGAGAUGCCCCGCUUUGAUGACCUGGCCCGCCUGGCACAAGAGAGCAGGAACCUGAUUGGCGUUUUUGGAAGACCUACCAAGAAGAUCACCUUUGUCACCAAUGGAUUGGUCAACAACCUCAACUCCUAUGGAAUAGAAAUCGCGGCUAUGUGCAGCGGACUCACCACCUACAUGGCUUACGAAGUUCACACUUUCCAAGGACCCCAGGUGAAUCUGGAAUCAUGCAUUACCCUCGAUGUCCUGAGAGUUGUGGACCUGAAGUACUGCAUUGGCAAUGGCAGUGUCAAUUUCCCGACUCAGCAGAUUCCCAGCGGCAUCUUCAACAACACCCAAGUCAUCAUUGGGGGCCAGUCCCAAAUUGUGACCAUCAACAGGCAAUGGCGUGUGGCAAUCAUUGAGAGAAGGAACGUCACCGGGUCCUGGAAAACCAUUUGGAACUACAACACGGGUGUCAUUGCAACCAAAGUCACGCAACAAAACACCUGCUACAUUUCCAUCAUGAACAGAAGCGAGAUGCCCCGCUUUGAUAAUCUGGCUCACCUGGCACAAGAGAGCAGGAACCUGAUUGGCGUUUUUGGAAGACCUACCAAGAAGAUCACCUUUGUCACCAAUGGACUGGUCAACAACCUCUACUCCUACGGAAUAAACAUCGCGGCUAUGUGCAGUGGACUCACCACCUACCUGGCUUCCGAAGUUCACACUUUCCAAGGAUCCCAGGGGAAUCUGGGAUCCUGCAUUACCCUCGAUGUCCUGAGAGUUGUAGAGCUGCAGUACUGCAAUAGCAAUGGCAAUUCUCAGCAGAUUCCCAGCGGCAUCUUCAACAACACGCAAGUCAUCAUUGGGGGCCAGUCCCAAGUUGUGACCAUCAACAGGCAAUGGCGUGUGGCAGUCAUUGAGCAAAGGAACUACAGCGGGUCCUGGAAAACCGUCUGGAACUACAACACGGGUGUCAUUGCAACCAAAGUCAGGCAACAGAACACCUGCUACAUUUCCAUCAUGAACAGAAGCGAGAUGCCCCGCUUUGAUGACCUGGCCCGCCUGGCACAAGAGAGCAGGAACCUGAUUGGCGUUUUUGGAAGACCUACCAAGAAGAUCACCUUUGUCACCAAUGGAUUGGUCAACAACCUCAACUCCUAUGGAAUAGAAAUCGCGGCUAUGUGCAGCGGACUCACCACCUACAUGGCUUACGAAGUUCACAGUGAGUGUAAAGCGUGGGAAUUCUGAGUGGUACAGAUCUGGACUUUUUGUCUCCUGGGGCAUUACUAGGGCACAGUUGCUGCUCUUCCACCUCAAAACCCACAGAAACCAAGGGCUUCAGCAGUUGCCCAAAGGGUUCGGCACCUCGGCAGACCGAGACUGGAAAAGGAUGGGGUCACAGCCCCCAUCAACGACCCAAAACAAGCCCUUACAGCUCCUCUCCAGGAAGCUCAAUGGGGCUGAAAUUUGCACCUGGUGUGUUUUAGCUCACCCUGCAAUGCCCUGAUACACCCAGUCAAGAAAUAGGGUCAUCCCAAGAACCGCUGUCCUUCAGGUCAGAGCUUGGUCAUCAGUUGACUCAGACAGCCACCAAAGCCUUGUGCUUCACAACUCUAAGUCAAGUCGCUCUGAUCCCUGGAGGUUUUUCCCUGGGGCAAUGAUCCAAUUCCCCAGGGCUAACAUGACCUACACUUGGUAGGAUUCUUCCAGAACCUCACAGCUUGUGUGACUGGGCCCACAAACUGGCAGCAGCCUCACCAUGCAAUGCCCAGCCAUUGGGACUCGCAGG